CAAACUAAGCAGCCAUGAAGAUGAUGACAUGCAUCGUCGCUAGCAUCCUGCUGAUGCUUUCACUGGAGGCCUCCCUUCUGGUCGCCGGCCGCCCCUCGGUCGCCGACGACGUGGGCUCCAUCCUCCUGCCGAGCCAAGGCAAAGGUGGUGGUGGAGGUGCAGGUGCGGACGAGGAGUUCCAAGCAGCAGCAGUCAAUCGGGGGAGGCAGCCGUGGAAGUGCUGCGACCAGCCCAUAUGCAGCGGGUGGAAGUAUCCGGUCUGCGAGUGCGCGGACGAGGUCGACGAGUGCGCGCCCACCUGCAAGUCCUGCGUGCCGUCCAAGGCGAACGCCACCCGCAAAGUGUGCGAGGACACCUUCAUCGGCAAGGCAGGGCCCGGGUGCACGGAGAAGCCAUGGAAAUGCUGCGACGAGCCUUUCUGCUCCGGUGAGGACCCGCCGACGUGCCACUGCGCCGACGAGGUCGAGCAGUGCGCCCCGACCUGCAAGACCUGCCUGCCGGCGCUGCUUCACCCAUAGACCCGCCACAUGUGCUUCGACUUCUUCCAUGGCUUCCCAGGGCCACAGUGCAGGUACCUUCCUGCCGACGACGCCGCCGGCGGCGGUAACUAGCACGCUGCGGUCGUUU